GGGGAGGAGGGAUAUCUUGGCUACUGUUGAUCUGGACACCCUGUUGGCGCAGGUUCUUUUGCGAUCCUGCUCGUGCUGACCGCCUCCGUCCGCGCGCAUAGGCAUCAGAUGGCGACCGUUAGGCAGUUAUCCUCACAGGCGAGAUUGAGCUUGGCUCUGGAAGCUUCUUGCCGUGGCUUCCCAUUUGAUCUCAGGCUGCAUUAGGGAGGGACGGGGUGGAGGGCUUCGCACCGAGCAGGGUCCCGGACGCAAGCUGAUGCACGCACUGGGACGAGGCAAGUUUUUUUCGCACCUCGGCUUGAAUAGCUGCUUGCACACGACCGUCCUGGCCCUCAUGCGAAGCUUUUCGAAUCCUCAAGUGAGGAGGAGUCAGGUUAGCCAUGAGGAUGUCGCGAUGCUGGCGACGAGCGGCGUUCCUGGAGAGGAGGCGCAGAAGAAAAGGGGCAACAGGCAUCCGAUCAACAUCAUGACGCGGCCAGUUGUCAGGUGGGGCGCCCAGCUUUGGAACUGGGAGCUCGACGGCGCCCUGCGCGACAAGCGGGGUCUGCCGCCCCCGGCGGCGGGGCUGAUGCGCGCCGUGGUGGUGUUGCUGCCGCUGCUGGACGAGGUGACACGCCGUGAGCUGCGCAUCGAUAGUGCCAUGCAGAACGGCGACCAGGCCGAAGCCAAGAAGCUGCUCGCCGGGAAGUCUGAUCGGCACCUGGCCUAUGAGGCCUACCUCGGCGUGCUACGCAUCGAGGGGGAAGGCUCCCAGAAGGCGGCCGAGUGCUUCGAGAUCUACAAGUCCCUAGGCGCCGGCAUCGACGUCACGGCCGAGGACGAGGGGUUGUGA